AUGGAGGUGGUGGGGGACUUUGAGUACAGCAAGAAGGACCUGAUAGGACACGGAGCCUUUGCUGUGGUCUUCAAAGGUCGCCACCGCAAGAAAACUGAUUGGGAAGUAGCCAUAAAGAGCAUUAACAAAAAGAACUUGUCAAAGUCACAAAUCCUACUUGGAAAAGAAAUAAAAAUCUUAAAGGAGCUUCAGCAUGAGAACAUUGUAGCUCUCUAUGAUGUCCAGGAAAUGCCCAAUUCUGUCUUUUUGGUAAUGGAGUACUGCAAUGGUGGGGAUUUGGCAGAUUACUUACAAGCUAAAGGAACUCUCAGUGAAGAUACCAUCAGAGUGUUCCUCCAGCAGAUUGCAGCAGCCAUGCGUAUUCUGCACAGCAAGGGAAUCAUUCAUCGAGACCUUAAACCGCAGAAUAUUUUGUUGUCUUACGCCAGUCGCAGGAAGUCGAAUGUCAGUGGCAUACGCAUCAAGAUAGCUGACUUUGGUUUUGCUCGUUAUCUGCAUAGCAACAUGAUGGCUGCAACUCUGUGUGGCUCCCCUAUGUAUAUGGCCCCUGAAGUGAUUAUGUCUCAACACUAUGAUGCUAAAGCAGACCUGUGGAGCAUAGGAACUGUGAUUUAUCAGUGUCUUGUUGGAAAACCACCUUUUCAGGCCAAUAGUCCUCAAGAUUUGAGAAUGUUUUAUGAAAAGAACAGGAAUUUGAUUCCUAGCAUUCCUAGGGAAACAUCAGCUUAUCUGGCUGACCUGCUGUUGGGUUUGCUUCAGAGAAACCAAAAAGAUAGAAUGGACUUUGAAGCAUUUUUCAACCACCCUUUCCUGGAUCAGAUUUCAACAGUCAAAAAGUCUUGUCCUGUACCAGUGCCCACAUAUGCUGGCUCAGUCUCUGGCAGUUCCUGUGGUAGCUCUCCUUCAUGCCGUUUUGCUUCUCCUCCAUCUCUGCCAGACAUGCAGCAUAUUCAAGAAGAAAAUUUGUCUUCCCCACCACUGGGUCCUCCAAACUAUCUUCAGGUCUCUAAAGAUUCUGCCAGUACCAGUAGCAAGAACUCCUCUUGUGACACAGAUGACUUUGUUCUUGUCCCACACAAUAUUUCUUCAGACCACUCAUAUGAUAUGCCAUUGGGAGCAGCUGGCAGGCGGGCUUCCAGCGAGUUCUUGAUGUGCGGAGGGCUCUGUCAGCCUUCAGUUUCCCCCCGCAGUGAAACGGCUCCCAUCCCGGUUCCCACUCAGCUCCGGAAUUACCAGCGCAUAGAACAGAACCUGUCCUCCACUGCCAGCCCUGUGUCAAACCCCCACGGAUCACCAAGAGCUGGGGUUGUGAGACGCUCCAAUACCAGCCCAAUGGGCUUCAUGAAGAUGGGCUCCUGUUCCCCAGUGCCAGCUGACACUGCACAGGCUGUUGGGCGCAGGCUAUCCACAGGAUCUUCUAGACCAUAUUCUCCUUCACCACUAGUUGGAACCAUACCUGAGCAGCUUGGGCACUGUUGUUGUGGACAACUUCAAGGACAUGAAUCAAGGAGUAGAAACUUCUCAGGUUCUCCAAUACCACCAUCUCAAUCUCCACAGUCCCUUUUGAUGGGAGCAAGGUUGCAGAGUGCUCCUACUCUGACAGAUAUUUACCAAAACAAACAGAAGCUCAGAAAGCAGCAUUCAGACCCAGUAUGCCCAUCCUAUGCUGGGUAUGGAUACAGUCAUUCUCCACAGCCAAGUAGGCCAGGCAGCCUGGGAACGUCUCCUACCAAACAUAUGGGAUCGUCUCCUAGGAGUUCAGACUGGCUGUUCAAAACUCCAUUGCCAACCAUCAUUGGCUCUCCUACUAAGGCAACAGCUCCUUUCAAAAUACCCAAAACUCAAGCAUCCUCCAACUUGCUGGCUCUGGCUAAUCGCCAGGGCUCAGCAGAUGCCCCGCUGCAGCCUAAAGACAUCACUGACCCAAGGGAUUUCACACACUUCCACUCCACCCAGGCAGGUGAAAAGCAGGCAGGAGAACAGCACGGUAAAACCCCGUUUGGCAGGUCUGUUAGUACUGGGAAGCUAUCAGAUCAACAGGUUAAAACUACUCUUGGUGGCCAGAUGUAUCAAGGCAGCACAGACAGCCUCAAUACAGAGAGACCAAUGGAUACAGCUCCAGCAGGGGCCUAUGGAAUUGCAAUGGCACCUCCUUCCAUGGGAAGUGGGGCAGGUUCUCGGGCUGUUAUGUUUACUGUUGGGUCCCCUCCAAGCAGCGCCACCCCUCCUACCUGCACCCAUAUGGUCCUCAGAACAAGAACCACCUCAGUUGGAUCAAACAGUUCUGGAGGGUCUCUCUGCUCCACCAGUGGCCGUGUGUAUAUGGGCUCUCCUCCUGGGAUUUACAUGGGCUCUUCUCCCCCGGGAGCCGAGGCAGCUCCGAGUCUGAAGUACAUGCCUUAUGGUACUUCACCUCCCAGCUUAGAGGGCUUUAUCACUUUUGAAGCUCCUGAAUUGCCUGAGGAAACUUUAAUGGAGAGAGAACACACAGAUACACUGCGUCACCUAAACAUGAUGCUGACAUUUACAGAAUGUGUCCUGGAUCUGACAGCAGUGCGAGGAGGAAACCCAGACCUGUGUACUUCCGCAGUUUCACUGUACCAAAUCCAGGAGAGCAUCGUUGUGGAUCAGAUCAGCCAGCUAAGCAAAGAAUGGGGACAAGUAGAGCAGCUGGUGCUGUACAUGAAAGCUGCCCAGUUACUAGCAUCUUCUCUGCAUCUUGCCAAAGCACAGGUCAAAUCGGGGAAGCUGAACCCAUCCACUGCUGUUAAACAAGUUGUGAAGAGCCUCAAUGAAAGAUACAAAUUCUGUAUCGGCAUGUGCAAGAAAUUGACAGAGAAGCUGAAUCGCUUCUUUUCGGACAAGCAGAGGUUCAUUGAUGAAAUCAACAGUGUAACUGCAGAGAAACUCAUCUACAGCUGUGCUGUAGAAAUGGUUCAGUCAGCAGCCCUGGAUGAGAUGUUUCAGCAGACUGAAGAUAUCACAUAUCGAUACCACAAAGCCGCCUUACUGCUGGAGGGGCUGACUAAAAUCCUGCAAGACCCUGCAGACAUAGAGAACGUACACAAGUAUAAAUCCAGCAUCGAGCGAAGGCUUUCCGCACUUUGCUAUAGCACCGUGGCUGUUUAUGAGCAGUAGGAAUAUCCUGAGGACCAGAUGGUGUGAACAUAAGGGACCACAUCAGUGAUACUGCACUUUUUUCACUACAGCUUCAUUGUUGUCCUUGUUCUGCCCCACGUGGAAGAUGAUUCUUACAUUUCUGUGGUGACUACCAAAGAAACAGCAGCAUAUUCAAAGAGGAGAAAUUCCAAAAGUACACUUGCCUUACCGAGCCAGCAGCUCCUUUUUCUUCCUAACAACAGAUUUUAAAAGAAUCUCUCUUCACAUUUCAAACUGAUCCUUUUAUGUAUGCUUUGACCUUGAAUCAUCAGGGUUGGUUUUUUUUUUUUUUCCCUUGUGAGAAAGGAUCAUAGAGUGGAUCUUUCUGCAUCAGGUACAAAAAGACAUUUCCCUCAGAAGAUUCCUUCAAAAGUUUGUGAAAAUGUGGCAGAGUGAAAUUGGGGAAACCCUAACCAGGUGCAAGUGCUGUUGGAACCUUUUGGGGCAAAGCUGGCUUGUGUUGGAGCUCACAUGUGAAGAUGGCUCAGCUUGGCACAUGAAGGGAUGGCAAGAGAGUGCUCUUCACACAGGUGGGGAGAGAUAGUGGUGGAAGAAAUUUGCUCUCCACCUGUGCACAAUCCCCAGUGGGUUUUCAGCUGAUGUGGAUACAAUUUGAUGAUCUUCUUCCAAAAUAUUUUGUUUUGCACUAAUUUACUAAAGCAACUGUACAUUCAUUAUUGAAGAACUAUACAUAUAAAAAAAAAAAAAGAAAGAAGGCACAGUGGACUUGGCUGAAUUUUAUUUCAGUGUACAUAAAAUUCUUUUCAGAAUUUCAAAUGUAGCUUCUAGAAGGACUUUCAAACUGUAAAAAACAAAAACCAACUUGUAUUCAUGUGAACUUUUCCAUUUUAUACCUGUUUGUCUAAUACUUGAGUACUGCUCUGGACUUUCUCAGUAAUAGCAAUGUUGAGUUGCUGGUUGUUUGCUUUUUCUAUAGAUUCGGUUGCAUCUUUUGUUGUGCAUGCAGUAUGUGCAUUAAUGCCUGCAGUCUUUAGGGGUAUAUUGACAGUUCUCUGUAGUUCUGUUUCUUGGGCAGUAUUACAAGAAAUACUGUAAACUGAAAGGUUCUGCAAGGAACCAUGCAAAUCCAGAAAAUAAUGUUGGGGUUUGAGAUGCCAAUAAGUUGGUGUAGGAUAUCUACAUAGAGUGUGGGGGGGAGGGGACAAAAAAAAAUCAGGAUUCUUUUGCGUGCAUUUUGGGGGAGAGGUGGGAAGCUUCAUUUAGCCUUAUAGGCAUUAUCAUUUCAAGCAUGCCAUGAGCUCAUCAGGACAGUGAUUUGCAGAGUAUUUAGGCAGACCAGGGAAUCCAAUAAAUGUAUAUAAAUAUCUGCGGUCUGAUGUCAGGAAUGAAGGGAGACAGCCUCUGCUCACUUGUGCCCUGGGAUAGGACCAAGGGGCAAUGGAUGGAAACUACAGCACAGAAGGUUCCACCUCAGCAUGAGGAAGAACUUCUUUACCGUAAGGAUCACGGAGCACUGGAACAGGGUCCCCAGAGAGGUUGUGGAGUCUCCUGCUCUGGAGACUUUCAAGACCUGUCUGGAUGCAUUCCUGUGUGAGCUGUGCUGGAUUCUAUAGUCGUGCUCUGGCAGGGGGGUUGGACCUGAAGAGCUCCAGAGGUCCCUUCCAACCCCUACCAUCCUGUGAUCCAGCUUCUCUGGAAACAGUUCCUAUGUUUUCUUUUGGGGACUUUUUGUUUGUUUGUUUGUUUGUUGUUUUAUUACUCAACUGCUCGAAUACUUGAAUAAACCAUUCUCCAGGACAACAACAACAACAAAAAAAUAAUUUUAAUCCUCUUAAACACAGUGGUCUGAACUCUUGGACAACAUUGUACAGGGCUUACACAUCAAAAAAUGAUGAUUUCAGUGUUGGGAUAACCAUGUGUUUCCUUUCCUUUGACAAGAGUAAUGUACUUUUUACCUUAUUUAUCUAUAUGAGAUUCCAGCAGUUAAUUUGAAAGUGUUUGUUUCUAUAAUGUUUGUAUUUUUAGGUCUUUAAUACGGUGUUUCUACCUCUCCUUUGUAAUUGCAUGCAACAUUCUUGAAACUAGGUAAUAACUCACUGAACUGUUGCGUAAUAGCCUUUUUAUUCUGGCCUGUAUAAAUGUAUAUUAAGGUAAAAAUAAAUACUGACACUAGAA